ACAUAUGGCUGACUAGUGAUUUAUAAGUUGAAGAGUCUUCUAAAGAUUUUUUUGUGGCAUUUGUUUUAAUCUAGCAAUUUAAUAGAUAUAUUUUACUGUGACGGUUGAAUUUUAGUCGAGACAAGAGGUGGUAUAGUGAUUUAUUAGAAUUUUACUUAAAACGCUUGGAAAGCUACAACAAAGAAAUAAGUUAACCAUGGGUUGUGGCUCCAGUUCAGGUCCUGCAUAUCCAAAGCAGCAAUAUACAAAUGGGGGUUAUCCCUCACAACAGUACAGCAGUGGAAAUCAACCUGGAGCCUACUAUGGACCUACAGGGCCAAUGAUGGUUGGUGGAGGAUGCAUGCACAACAACAAUGAUGACAGAUUUGUAGAGGGUGCUUUAGUUGGUGGUGCUGUAGGCAUGAUGGCUGCACAUCAGAUGGGAGGUGGAUAUCAGCCAGUAGAUCUUCCUGGAGGAUACCACUUGGGACCUCGGCUUCCAAAUCACAGUGUUGAAGUAAUGGGAGUGGACAUCAUGUAGCAUGAGGACUCGAGUAUUGACCAUAUACAACUGCAAAAUGUCACCCUGAAGUUCAGAGGGUAUUGGAAACCUACCAAUCUUUUUGUGAUCUUUUUAUCUGAAUAUAUCUAACAGAUAAUUAACCAGGGAUAAAGUUCGUACUUGAACUUGUAUAGCUGUGAUAUUAUUAUUAUUAUUAAUCAGAGGCUUUGAUAAAUAUAAUUACAGUGAGCAAAUCAAAGUUUUUGAAGUUUUUGCAAUCUCUCUUUCUGCCAAGACCAUUGUUGAUCUUUUUAAGAAAUGAAUCUUCAUGUUACUUUUCACCUGUAGCAGAGUCCAGCAGGUCAACAGAUCAUAGAAUAAAUAUUAUUCUCAAUAUUGAUAUUCUAACGUUUUAAAAUUUGGGUCAUUUAUGCUGUAAGUUCCAGUUAGGUCUGAACCACUUCCUUUUUUAAUCUCAUCUGUUUGAUCUUUUCAUGAAACUCUGAUUAAACUGCAUGGAGAGUGACAACAUUUAAGAAAACACUUCAGAGGACUCAGCAAAAGUUAAGACUUUCAGUGCCAUUUACCACAGCUGUAAAUCGAGUUUUGAUGGAAAUAUUUCAACUGGGAGUUGGCCAGUAUUGUCACUUAUUGCAGUGUGAAAUAGUUUUGUUUUUUUCUUGUUCAUGGAAAUCAGUUUGUAUUAUUUCUCAUGUGAACUGCUAGAUUUUUUCAUGUUUUCACCUUAAGUUGAAAGGAGCAUGUUGCCACGAGGGGUCUUCAUUACUUUUUUUCCCUUAUGUAUUCAACAAUUUACAUCAGUGUCAAAAACCUCAUGACUUUUAACUUUUUUUAAAUACCAGAUGUCAAAUUUACUAGGGUUCUGAAUCAAAACUAUGUAACAGAUUUUCAGUUCGUCAUCUUCAUAGUUUACCUUCAUGCAUCUUUUAUGUAAAUGAACUUAGGGCGCUUUCAAA